UUCCAAAGACUGCAAUAAUAUCUACUAAUUAUGGAUUACCGGUAUUAAUACAAUAUUGCAUCUAUUACUAAUAAUUGAUAUAUCUACUCCAAAAAAACAUAUUUUUGCAACAAUCAGUAAUGAAAUUAUUGACAGACAAUAAUUGGACACGUCUUCAGUAAUAUUUGAUGUCAUAUUCGGUGUAUAAAUACCAAGUUCUGAACAAACACAGAACCACACUCUUCUUCGGCUGCCAGUCCUGUCAGACGUUGAUUUUCACCGAACGAAGGAGUACAACAAGUUUGCCGACACAAUGACGAGCAAAGUGUUGAUAGCAUUUUCGUUAGUGAUUGCAGGUGCACUUGCACAGUUCAAUCCUAUAUUGGAGGUGACUAGCUGCACAAAGAGCAAACUAGAACUCACGUUGACUGACGGCGCCGACGGCGGUAUUAUCUACAUCCAAGGCCAGGGUACAGCUUGCCGACAGUUUACAACGUCGGUUGUCUCGUAUUAUACCAUCGACUUCGGCUCGUGUGGAAUUCAAUGGGAGGAAAGUUUCAAGGUGAUGGUCCAGAAGAAAUCUCUGUACCAGACUGGAGAGGACAAACAGAUUCCUGUCAUGUGUAUUGCCGACCUGGCAGACUUGACGGUCAGCAACAACCUUGACGUCGCAGACGAUGAUGCCGGCCUGAACAAGACGGUAAAACCCGCAGCUACCAUGAGCUUGUACAGUAACGGCAAUAACGUUAACGGAGGAACCGUCAAACUUACCGACAUUGUCACGUUGGUCAUGGAACUUGACGCUGAAUAUAUCGGUUCGUAUAUUUAUUCUUUUUCACAUAGCGAUUUUGACAUUAAAGCAAGGUCCUGCUUCGCCGACAACAUUGAAAUUAUCUCAGAUGCCUGUCCAGUAGAUGUUGAAUUGUUCCCCCACAUCAGUAGAGUGUCCCAGGGAUUGAUCCAAGCCCAGUUCGGAGCUUUUAGAACGACCUCUCUUGCCGGCGGUGCAGUUGCUAUGCCUUUCUCUUGUACACUCCAGGUCUGCCUCGGCGCCUGCAGCCCAACAACCUGUGUCGAUGGUAUAGACAGUUACGGUAGAAAGAAGAGAGCCAUUGCCAAACGACAGGCCGAGGAGAACGCCGUCGAAGACAUCAGUGUUGGUUCUUCUAUCUCCAUAGCAACAGAAGAAGUCGUGAUUCAGAGUCCAGAAGACAACAACAACCUGUGUUUGAGCGUGGCUUUGUUUUUGAUUUUGAUAAUAAUAAUGGCAGGCGGUCUUGUUUCUACCACCGUCUCCACGGUGAUUCUCUUCCGCAAACUCCAAGUGAAGGCUGCCAUCUUGAAGCAACUCAACACUGGAUAUCCAAUGAAAUCCUAGGCUUUAUUUUAUGAGGCGUGGUCUAAUCUGCACUGGCAUAGAAGGACAAAAAAUCGUCUACAUGCUUGAGAAAGGUCUUAUUUCAAAGUUUUAUUUUCAAAAGCUACAAUAAAACCCGUUGUAGUUCAUUAUACUACAAUACAGAGUUCUACGUUUCUAUAUUUUUCUUUUGAGGGAAGGACGAACAAUCACUUCCAUCGUUUGAAUUCAGGAUUAUAAGUUAAAUAAAGACUUAUUUACUAGCUAAUUACUAACAGUGUUUGUUCAUGUUGCCGAAUUACUGAAUAAAAUCGC